CUCUCUCUCUCUCUCUCUCUCUCUCUCUCUCGCCAGUGACUUUCCAAGUCUCACAGCUUUCCAGUAGUUCACCCUCAGACGGUCAAAAAGUAUUGUAAUUCGCGCAUAGAAGAAAGAACCAUGCCGUGCUACCGGAUCUGUGAGUUCAGCAAGAAGUCAGAUGACAAUGGUAUGAGAAACCUGAGGGCAUGGUGGGAAGUAUGGGAUCUGAGGAUUCUAAUUCUCUACAUCCUCAUUGCUCAGUUAUACCUUCAUUUCUUCGGACGACUCCGUAGAAAGGGUAAGUCAGUGUUGAUGAUGAUUGUGAGCGUCUGGUUAAUCUACUUAUUUUCUGACUUGUUGGCAACAAUUGCUCUUGGAAAGCUCUCCAAGAUCAAAGUCGAUGAUAACAGUAAGGACGAUUCCAUCAGGCCAAAGGGAAAUCCCAUCAAGACAAUGGGCGAGCAAGCUCUUAGGGUGAUGUGGGCACCUCUGAUCUUGUUCUUCCUGGGGGGUCCGGAUACCUUUACCGUCUUACGCAUUGAGGAAAAUCAGUUGUGGCUGAGACACCUUAUAGGACUUUUAACCCAAGGCUUAAGAACAGCUUAUGCACUGAUAGUAACCUGGAAUAAUAAUGGGUUGUCUCUUGUGGCCCUGCUGGUGUUUGUUCCUGGUAUUAUCAAAUAUGGAGAGAGAGUGUGGGUAGUCAGGUCAAGAUCCAAUGACUACAAGGGUUUUGUGAAGUUAGAUUUAGCCACAAUUGACAAAAUCAGUGCUUCGCUACCAAAUACAAACCUAGUGCUCCUAGCCUAUUCCUGGUUCCAGACCUUGCUGCCUCAUAAUACAACUUACAAGUGUGAUCCGAGCGAAGUGAGAAUUUUGGUGGCAAGGUUCCGUGACUCACUUAGAAUUACGGGUAGUUUUGAUGCUUUCAAACUGAUUGAGAUCGAGUUGGGUUUGAUGUAUGACAUGCUCUUCAGCAAGGUAGGCACGAUCUUUACCAUAUGGGGAAGCAUACUUAGAUUUCUUAGCUUCUCUUUGAUUUUUUCUGUGCUUGUGAUAUACAUAAAGUGCGACAAGCCUCUCGGGCAUUUGAAAGGUGAUCAUAUUAUAACCAUCAUUCUGUUAGUUGGAGCCAUCUUUUUAGAGAUUGCUGGCAUUAUUGUGCAACUUGUUUCGGAUUGGGCCUUGGUUUGGGCAUGUAAGAAUGGAAGUAAGUGGGUUACUUCGGUUCUCUUUCUACACGAAUUUCUAUUCUAUAAAAGCCAGAGGUGGUCUGGGGUAAUGGGGCAAUUCAGUUUGCGGGAUUUCUGCGAAAACUACAAGCCUACUGUGUGCAAUAGGACGUGGGAGUGGCUUUUUGGCAGGGAAAAAAUGUUGAAGAGAUUCAGCUCACAGAAGAGUCCAGACCAACAGCUGAAAGAUAUAAUCAUUGGUCAUCUUCGCGAGAAAUCAGAGAGAGCUGCAGUUGUUGAUACUCGACAAACUUCAACGGAUACAGCUACGGAUGUCAAUACUUCCCAGAUAAAACAAAAAAUGUUGAAACGGACCAUACGGCGCAGGUUUCAACUGAGAAGGUUGCAAAUGUUGGUGAUCAGUUGCUGGCUUCAGAAGUGAAAAGAGGUGAGUGGACCCUUUCAAGGUAUGACCGUGGGCAGCAGUUCAAGUGGAGUAUUGAACUAGAAUUUGAACAAAGUAUCGUCGUCUGGCAUGUUGCUACCGAUGUUUGCUACAAGUCGGAUCGACCUAAAAAUUUUGGUAAGAAUGAGGUGAAGAUGGAAGUGGCCAAAAUACUCUCCGACUACAUGAUGUAUUUGCUUGUUGCAUGUCCUGAUAGAUUUCCUUUCUGCAACAAAUACAACCGGAUUAUGCAAGAUUCUGCUGAUAUGAAGAAACUUUUCGAUGGAGGAGGAUCAGUAUCGUCUGGACUGGAAGGAGUUGAGAGUAAAGGCAACACCAGAGGAUCGGUAUCGUCUGGACCGAAAGGGGUUGAGAAUAAAGGCAACACCACCGAUACCACAAUGAUGAACAAGGCACAAAGACUUGUGCAAGGUAUGAAGGAGAAUCUGAACAGGUGGGAUAUCAUCGGCAGCAUGUGGGUUGAGAUGUUGUGCUAUGCUGCGAGGACAUGCCCGGUGAAGAACCACAUUCAAGAGCUUCGACAUGGGGGGGAGUUUCUCACCCAUGUCUGGCUUUUGCUUUUCCACUUUGGCAUAACGAAGAAGCUAGAGAGAAGUAACUCUAGCCUGAAGGAUGAAGAAGACAGCGGGGUAAAAGGUGCCGGUAGCACCUUACUUGAAAUUGAGGGGAAUGAAGUUGACAAUGGUCAAUACGUUCAAGGGAUACAAGCUACUAAGGAAGAACUUGAGCAGAAUAAAGUUGAGGGUUGGACGUCUGAUUGGAUUUCGUAAUCGAAUGGGAGAGAAAUUAUGUAAAAUUGUAGUAAUGUUUGUAUUUAUGGUUUGCUUCUGAAGUGUGUUUGCUUUUAGGUAAUAACAGUGUAAAAUUUCAGGACGGGUUGGUCUGAAUGCCAGUUUGUGAUAUAUUAAUGCUGUGUAAUUGCUCGAUCAACUAUUGUAACAUUUGACAGGAUGAGUGAAUGAAGAGAAAUGUAUGUACGUUGAAAUC